AUGAGUUUUAGAAGUUAUUUGCAAGAGAACGGUCGCUGCGUGGACACAUUCGAUUACGUUGGCCAUUACCUCAAGGAUGAUUUGUACUACCCCAACCAAACGACAAAAAUUGAAUUUCGUGACAAAGCAGCCUGCAAACCAAUCGGUGAUUCACUUACUUCAUACAACAAAUGUAAAACGUUGGUCGGAAACUGGUUGGAGGAAAGAAACGAUGUCCGAUUUUUGCGUCAGGGCGAACCGAUCUGCGGCGAAUACUCACAUCUCUACUGCACCACAUACGGCUCGAGUUUCAACAAAAAACCGGUUUACCGAGUUCCAAGCGGACUUAAAAACUUCGUUAGUUAUCCAACGAAGCGUCACGGCGUCGUAUAUCCAAGCCAUCAACCGGAGUUGGAUCUUUCCGAUCCUGGAUAUUACCACUGGAGCACCACUUAUCUCCAGGAAUUUAUCAAGCAUCCCUAUAGCAAGCGAGUUUGUGUACCUUCAGAAUGUAAAACGUCACCAGGCAAUUACAAAUGA